UGUGUGUUUUGUAUCUGGUGUGAAUCAUAAUUAUUUAAAAUAAUUCUGUGCUUUUAAAAUUGUUAUUUUAAUAAAGCACAACGGGAGUUUUGAAUUGCAACGAUUGUAAGCACAGAUUUUUAAUUUCAAUCACGAAUAUGGAAGUUUUCUGGUCAUACUUUCAUUUAAGUAGAACGYUGUAACAAUAAGACUUGUUUUAUGAUAAUUCGGCUUCAUUCACGUGCACAAAAAGUGAACAGAGAAGGAGAAAAGAAGGGAAAAGAGCAGAUUUAUGUGACGUCAUUACGUAGAACAGCGCGUGACGUCACCAGUCAGGUUGUAGCUACCAGCUUCCUGCUGUCUUGGCUCGUCCCAGUGGUGCAGGAGGACCAUGAUCCGGAGAGUGAAGCUCCUCCACAGGAUUCUGAACCGUAAACAGACCCGGUGCUUCUGCAGCCCUGCCGGGUCAGAGUCCGGSCGGACCUGGGUCCGACCCAGCGGGUUCGACACCGGUGUGAAGACCUUCAACAGCCUGACCAAACAGAAGGAGCCGCUCAUCCUGAGCAGGGAGGGAGUCGCUACCUGGUACAGCUGCGGACCCACCGUCUACGACCACGCGCACCUGGGCCACGCGUGCUCGUAUGUCCGGUUUGACAUCCUGCAGAGGAUCCUGACCAGAUGUUUUGGGAUCACUGUGAUCCACGCCAUGGUCAUCACAGACAUCGACGAUAAGAUCAUCAGGAGGAGCAGGGAGGAACAUGUGUCCCCGGCUGUCAUCGCCAGGAUGUACGAAGACGAGUUCAAGAGAGACAUGUUGUCGUUGAAGGUGAUUCCUCCUGCUGUGUACCUCAGAGUGACAGAAAAUGUGAAUCAUAUCGUWGCGUUCAUUCAGAGGAUCAUCAACAACGGCCACGCCUACAGCACAGCUGAAGGGGAUGUAUAUUUUGACGUGCAGUCUAUCGGGGACAGGUACGGGAAGUUUGUUGGAGCUGUGAGUCCUCAGGGGGAGCACACCAGCCCAGGAAAACGAGACCCGAGGGAUUUUACUUUGUGGAAGACCUCCAAACCUCAGGAGCCAUACUGGGAGUCUCCCUGGGGCCCAGGAAGACCAGGCUGGCACAUCGAAUGCUCUACUAUUGCAAGCUGUGUGUUCGGGGCUCAGCUGGACCUCCACUCUGGGGGCAUSGAUCUGGCCUUUCCUCACCAUGAGAACGAGAUCGCUCAGAGUGAAGCCCACCAUCAGUGCAGGCAGUGGGCCAACUACUUCCUGCACUCCGGUCAUUUACAUCUUAAAGGAAGUGAAGAGAAAAUGUCUAAAUCUCUAAAGAACUACAUCACCAUCAAGGCCUAGAAUACAGUGAGAGCAGACUGUCUGAGGCCCGCAGCUCUCUGGAGACCCUCUGCACCUUCAUGGAUACCGCUCAGGCCUACAUGAGGGGCCAGCUGCUGACCCAGACCAUCCAGGAGGCUGUGCUGUGGGACAGGUUGGCAGAGGUCCGGUCCAGUGUUCGGAGCUCUCUGGCAGAUGACUUCGACACACCAAGAGCCAUGGAGUCUCUGAUGGAC